CACGUUUUGUCAAUCGCAAUGAAGCAUGAAAACAAAAUACCUCUUUACUGAUCACAUGAUACUAGGGUUGAUAAGUAUUCGAUCUUGGAUCUGAUUGGCUGGCUGCUUCGCGGCAUCUCCAAAUCAAGGCCUCCGAAAAGCCUUUCUAUAGGAACACGAAAUCUUUCCUCCGAAGUUUUUGCUCCAGUUUUGCCUGACUUCGGUUACACAAAGAAUAAAGAGCCACUUUCCUGAUAAGCGGAAAGUUUUUGUUAUAUAUUUGAUUGUCUACUGCACUGGCUCUCCUGGAAUUCGUGGUAACAAAGGUGCUUCCAAAAUGGUUGCUUGAGGAGGUUCCUUCUUGUUGUAAAGCUUAGUUAAAAAAGAAACAGCAGAAGGCAGCAUGGAUUUUUUCGGAAAUUUUUUCAAAAGUACGUUUGCAAGAAGUGUUGCCCUCUGUGAUGCACCACUGUUUGAUUAUACUGUCAAGAGAGCAAAUCCAGAUGACCUUAGAGUUGUAUUUUACAAGUAUGCCAGUGUUGAGGAAAAUGGUGAACGAUACAUGACCCCUCAUGACUUUGUGCGGGAUUUUCUCCAAAUGGAUGCUGCAUGUUUUAAUGACUUGACCUUCAAGUUAUUUACUGGUUGUGUUGAUCAGACCAAAGAUGGGCUAAUAUCAUUUCCAGAGUUCCAAGCUUUUGAAGCUUUGCUUUGCAAACCAGAUGCAAAAUACAGACUUUUAUUCCAACUUUUUGAUUUAGAUGGCAAAGGCAGCAUAACAUUUGGUGAAUUUCAACAUGUUGUCAAAAGCUGUUUACCAUAUGCAAAAUUCCCAUUUGACUUCAGCACCGAUUUCACGAGGGCCUUUUUUGGAGAAGAAAAGAAUUUGUCUCUGUCAUAUACAGAUUUUACACAUUUCAUGCAGGAGUUCGAAAGGCAAUAUUUGAAGCAAGCUUUCUCGCAGCAGCUUAAGAAAGGAAGAAAGGAUGCUACUAUAACAGCCCUCCAGUUUGGUGACAUUGUACGGUCUUUGUUGGCACACAAAUUGUCAUCAUAUACAGCAGAAAACAUUCCUUCACUUGCUUCUGAUAGUGGCAGCCGUCGCAUAACACUGAUGUUCUGCCUUGGUUUUAAUGAAUUGCUCGACAAUUUGCCAUCUAUACAGCAGCUUUUUAAGCAACUCACACAGGAUGACAAGUUUAAAAGCGUUACAAAAGAGGAAGUUCUUAGGCAGGCACAAAGAAAUCGACAGGUAACACCGCUGCAAAUUGAAAUUCUAUUCCAACUUUGUGGACUUGCAAAUCCUGGUGUAGGGAAAAUAUCACUAGCUGAUGUAAAUCAGUUAGUACCCAAACAGAAUCCUUUGACUGUAUUUUCAAAGAUACACGAGAUAAAGAAAUAUGACAUCAAAGGCAAAGAAUCAGAUAAAGAAGUCAAGCGUUCAUUCGGGGUCCAGGCUUUGGAAUCCUUGUACCGAUUUGGGCUCGGCUCACUUGCAGGGGCUGCCGGUGCUACGACUGUGUAUCCAAUUGAUCUUGUGAAAACUCGAAUGCAGAACCAGCGAAGUGUUCUUGCUUCUGAGCUGAUGUACAAGAAUAGCUUCGACUGUGCCAAGAAAGUUAUUCAAAAUGAAGGCAUACUUGGACUUUAUCGCGGCCUUCUACCACAGCUGGUCGGAGUUUCACCAGAGAAAGCUAUAAAAUUGACUACCAAUGAUUUUGUCCGUGGCAAAAUGACUGACAAGGAUGGCGAAAUUCCCCUCUAUGGAGAAAUAUUGGCUGGAGGAUGUGGAGGAUCUGCUCAAGUUAUGUUUACAAAUCCAAUUGAAAUCGUAAAGAUUCGGAUGCAGGUGGCUGGGGAGGUUGCAGGCCACAAGCCAUCGGCAUUGAACCUUUGUAGUGAGCUUGGCCUCUUUGGAUUGUAUAAGGGUGCCAGAGCGUGUUUCCUCCGUGACAUUCCGUUCUCUGCCAUUUACUUCCCAUGCUAUGCCCAUUUGAAAUUGUACCUUGCUGAUGAGAAUGGAUAUAACAACUGGCCCUCACUGCUUUUUGCUGCUACGGGUGCAGGUGUACCAGCAGCCUAUUUGGUAACUCCGGCUGACGUAAUAAAGACCAGGCUACAAGUAAAAGCAAGGAGAGGGCAACAGUCGUAUCGUGGCGUCAUCGAUUGCUUUAGGAAAGUUUGGGCUGAAGAAGGAGGCAAAGCAUUUUGGAAAGGAGGCCCUGCCCGUAUAUUUAGAUCCUCGCCACAGUUCGGCGUAACAUUAUUGGUAUAUGAAAUGCUGCAAAGAUUUUUAUAUGUCGAUUUUGGUGGAGGUUCUCCCAAGACAGAGCUAGCACCUGUCAACCCGGAAGUUUCUGUGCAUCCUGAUCAUAUUGGAGGACUUAGGUUGGCAGUUUCAACUUAUUCUGGCAUUGAGACGAAAUUCGGACUUUUCCUCCCAAAAUUCCAAGCAGCACCACCAAGACCAGCCUUGCAACAGAAAUUGGCAAAUUAAAUACCCGAGAGCCCUGCCUAGCAAGAUUGAAUUUGAGACAUGGUUUAGAUAGAUAGAUGUGCGCGUUUUUAUACAGAAUUCCUUGUAAUUUGUUGAUGUAGAGAAACAGUGUCAAUUCCAGUAUUUUGUAGUUACAGAUCUAGGGUAAAAAUUAUUCUUAUUGUUCGUACUGUGUCAUGUCUUUGUCACCAAUGUGAUUCUAUGCGGGAAAAAUUCCUGGUGGAAACGAAGCAGUUAUUUAAAAAUGAUAAUAAGAUUAUUAAGGCAACUUAAAAUUUUGGGCGAAAGUUUACCAGUUUUGGCGAAUAAUCCAUCUAUCUUGGGGUUGUUUCGAGUUCUAAGCGAUAUCAUACUUCAAGAAUAGAUUUUUCAGAUAUCAAGCUAAUUUCCAGGGGUGGAUACUUGGUCAAAUAUUUUGGAGGGCAAGCCUAUUGUUUUAAUAAUAUGAAAUCACACUUUUCCAUUGUUUAAGAACAAAAGACCAUUGUCGUCCAAUGUAUUGGGGUGACCACCUUUCUCGCCCCCUCGCUCCCUCGCCCCCUCGCCUCCUCGCCCCCUCGCCUCCUCGCCCCGUCGCCUCCCCUAGGUAAUCGCCAGUGCUUAUUUCAUACCUAAAUGAUAAUCUUAUGAUAAUUUUCUUAUUUCGUUGAUGGGCUUCAAAGUAUGAUCUUUCGUGUUAGUGUCCCAUCUUUUGUAGAAAUAUUCAUAUCAUUUUCUCUGGUAAUAUUUGACCUCGUUUUAAUAAGCUUUGGUUGUUGAAUUGUUUAAAAAAAGCAAUUUUAACGUUUAUAAAAUAUUGUCCAAUUUCCAAUGGCGGCUGUCAGAUUUAAGACACUUCUAUCACGGUGUUUUAUCUUAUAUAUCAGUUAAUGCCUUUGUUUUGAUGUCAAAAUGAAGGCUAGGCGAACAAAAUCUAUGAAAAUUGACCACUUCAAGUGGCUGCCGAUCAGGUAAUUAUUCUUAUUAUCACUUGUGAUCGUAAAGUGCCUGUAAGUAACUUCAUAGCCGUUAAAAUGUAUAUCUAAUUUUCUUCGAUUUCCGCGUCUUCCAAAUGUUUUGAAACUCGA